GGCGAAGAGGAAGCAGAACCCGGAACACCACCCUCAACCAAACGCCGCAAAAUCACACCUUCCCAUGACAGCUCAGAAAGUGUUCAUGAGGAAACGGAGAAUGACAACAAGGCCGCCUCAUAUGAAGUUAAGGACGAGCCAGUUGACGAUCGUGAAAAUGAGAGAUCACAGUCAAGGGGCGGCGAACAAGAGUCAAAUGUGAAUCGGGUUGCUAAUGCUAUGCUCUUGCUCCAGGAGGGAGUCGGCUCAGAUAAUGCAGAUGAAUCUGGCAACACCCCCGGCACCAGUAGUGACUCUACCUUAACAUCAUCACAUUCACAAGGUCGUGGGAAGCGAGGAGUACUACAGCGACAACAUGGCAUUAUCCGGGAUGCUGCAGGUGAGGAACGCAGGGAAGAAAACAGAGAAGCUACCCAUCAGCAGCAACACUCUCAGCAGUCACAGCAUCCUCAGCAACAGCAAGCACCACAAGAGUCUGGGAAAAGUGACACAAAGGAUGUAAAGGGUGAUGCGGAAAAGGAGCCAGAACUUAUUAUUCCAGAUACUGUGGUGGUCUCAGGUGGAACAGUAACAUUGUCAAGUAAUCAGCCAACACUCCUUCAGGUGCCAACUAUGGUAGUGGGACAUAGAGACUCCAUUGGACCAGGACCACUACCCAAACAGCAUUCACAUCCAACACCUCCUCUGACCCCAACACCCAUCAUAAGUAAACAGUUGUCUCAUCCAGAAUCCCGAGGUCCACCAACACAUCAAGGACCCCCUCAGAUGUCUAAACAGAGAUCCCAUUUAGGUGUUCUGACACACACACCAUCACCAUCAGAAAGAUUACCAAGUACUACUACCACCACGAGCACUAGCAGUACAGCACCUCAACAGCAGCAGCACUUACAGGUAAUUCCCAUGCAUUUAGUUAUGAAACCAAGACCCCCACCAGUAACCAUGCCAUCACAGCUGAGACCAAUUCAGCCAAAGCCUUGUGAAGGCCCAGCUGUUUCUGAACCACUUCCUAAGAAGGAAAUACCCUUGAUACGUCUGACACCUUCAGAAGAUGGAGGCAAUGUAAAUAUUAGUAGUAGUGGCUUUAAUAUGAGUGGUUGUACAGUGACUGGACCUUCCCGACCCAUUAGGGCACUGAGUGAGGAACCAGCUAUGUCUAGACAGUCAAUGACUCACACACAUGAGCAGUUAGCUCCAGGACCAUCUGUCUUAAUACAGAGUGUGUCACAAGAUUCAGGUCUAGACUCUGGUACUGGAAAUCGCAUGUUAAGUACACCUCAGUUGUCAGUGACAACCACACCUCCACUCAGACCUGCUUCUUCUCCUGGUCACUGUCCCGUCCUCCGUGGUGGUCCUGCUCUAGGAUGCAACUUUUGUUGGAACUCAACAGACCCACAAGGAAGAGUUCUUCGUCGAAAGACAAAAUACCAUUGCCCAGAGUGUAGAACCAACCUGUGCAUUGUUCCUUGCUUUCAUGAGUACCAUAAACAGAUAGAACGUUCACAGGACACUGACAAACAGAUUACAAAGAUUCUUACUAAAACUAGUUCAUUGUAGUGGGUAAAUGGCAAGCAGCAGACAACAGGGGAAAAUGAGAAAGUAUCCUUUGAAGAAGAUCUAAGUGUAACAUUGUUAUUUCCAGUGCUAUGAACUAGAAUCUAACAUGAUCAAAAUGUUUAUUUAUUGAUGUAAAUAUUAGAUGAAAUCACUUUCACAUAUGCAUUCAGCUGUGUUCUACACAUAUCCACUAUUGCCAACAAAUGGGUGUCUAUCAGAAAUGUCUGUCUAGUUAAGAAAAAAAAUAUUUUACAAUUUUACAGCUAGAUAGAAAUAUGUGACUAAUAAUGUCAAUAGCUUCUUUUUUUUCCUUCAGAAAUUUACCAUGAAAUCUCCAUGUCUAUUCUUUAUUUUGGUCAGAUUACAUAAGUAGCAGGAAAAGUAUAACUUUGAAGUUUGUUACAUGUAUGAAGUUGUUCAUAAAAGUUCAUAUAGCCAAAAGAAAAAAAAAACACAAAUAUAUGAUGUUGAACUUCAGUUGGCUGGUCAGUGAAUUACAAAGUUGUUUGUAUGUAUGUACAUGUAUUUUGUUUUUGUCUUAUUUUUUAUUUAUCUUUUUUUCUUCUAUGUCAUCCUCUUCUUCUUAUUCUUCUUUUUCUCCAUGUUGGGGGGGAAAUCAUUCAUGGCACACAAAAAAACAAAUAUGUAUCACACAAGGUGGUAAUGGUUUUAUGAGAGUUUGGUUAUUUCAGAUAAAAUGAGAUAAUGUAAAUUGCAAAAUACACAGCAACUAUGAUUUUGUACCAAUAUUAGUAUUUUUUCAACAAUUUCCAUGUUAUAGUUUCAUUACAUAUAUAAUGAUUU